GCGGCGGCGCCCACGCGCCCGGGCGUCUGCGAGCUCGGAGCCCCCUUGGGUGCUGCAAGUAGGAGAGCGGCGUGCGCGGCGCGCCCCCCGGCCCGGCCCCUCUGCCGCGAUGCUGCUGGAAGCCGAGCUCGAGUGCGACCGGGAGAGGCCCGGGGUCCCGGCGGCCACCGCCGUUUGCACCCUCAGCGGGACUCGGGAGCUCCCGCUGUGCGCCGGCUGUGACCAGCACAUCCUGGACCGCUUCAUCCUCAAGGCCCUGGACCGCCACUGGCACAGCAAGUGCCUCAAGUGCAGCGACUGCCACACGCCGCUGGCCGAGCGCUGCUUCAGCCGCGGGGAGAGCGUCUAUUGCAAGGACGACUUCUUCAAGCGCUUCGGGACCAAGUGCGCCGCGUGCCAGCUGGGCAUCCCGCCCACGCAGGUGGUGCGCCGCGCCCAGGACUUCGUGUACCACCUGCACUGCUUCGCCUGCGUCGUGUGCAAGCGGCAGCUGGCCACGGGCGACGAGUUCUACCUCAUGGAGGACAGCCGGCUCGUGUGCAAGGCGGACUACGAGACGGCCAAGCAGCGAGAGGCCGAGGCCACCGCCAAGCGGCCGCGCACGACCAUCACGGCCAAGCAGCUAGAGACGCUGAAGAGCGCCUACAACACCUCGCCCAAGCCCGCGCGCCAUGUGCGGGAGCAGCUCUCCUCCGAGACGGGCCUGGACAUGCGCGUCGUGCAGGUGUGGUUCCAGAACCGUCGGGCCAAGGAAAAGAGACUGAAGAAGGACGCGGGCCGCCAGCGCUGGGGGCAGUAUUUCCGCAACAUGAAGCGCUCCCGCGGCAGCUCCAAGUCCGACAAGGACAGCGUGCAGGAGGAGGCCCAGGACAGCGACGCCGAGGUCUCCUUCACCGACGAGCCCACUGUGGCCGAGAUGGGCGCCGCCAACGGCCUCUACGGCAGCCUGGGGGAGCCCACCCUGGCCCUGGGCCGGCCCGCGGGAGCUCCUGGCGGCUUCCCACUGGAGCACGGAGGCCUGGCCCGGCCAGAGCAGUACCACGAGCUGCGCCCCGGCAGCCCCUACGGCGUGCCCCCGUCCCCCGCCGCCCUGCAGAGCCUCCCCGGCCCCCAGCCCCUCCUGUCCAGCCUGGUGUACCCCGAUGCCGGCUUGGGCCUCGUGCCCGCAGGGGCCCCGGGAGGGCCCCGGCCCAUGAGGGUGCUGGCGGGGAAUGGCCCCAGCUCUGACCUGUCCACGGGGAGCAGCGGGGGCUACCCCGACUUCCCAGCCAGCCCUGCCUCCUGGCUGGAUGAGGUCGACCACGGCCAGUUCUGACCAAGGCUGCUGCUGGGCCGAGCAUGGGACAUGAGGGGACUCAGUGGUGGCGGGGCCCGGGGUGGGUGCCCAGCCUUGCCGUCUCCCGUCCCCAAGCCCUGGGGCUCCACGGAGAACAGGCGCCAGCGGCGGGUGGCCGGGCCCAGGCCGGCAGGGACUUGUGUCUGCAGAGCCGCCCGACAGCUGGGCCCCACGGCCCCUGUCUGCGUGGGCCUCACUCGCUGUCACAGGGCGGCCUGCCAAUGCCACCUGCAAGCCGGCCACUCUCGAGCCUUGUUUUGUAAGCAGAUCUUCCCCUUCACCAACCAGUUAACCGAGCUCUCAGGUCUGUCCGGAGACACGAAGCAUCACUGCCCCCAUCACUGCACUGGCCCUCGCCCCAGCCCAGGCCAGCACAGCCCUCAGCUGGA